CUCAACCCUCGGUUUCGGACUGACGGACAGAUCCCGAGAGAGAGAGAAAGGAGACGGACAGACAGAGAAGUCACCACAGUCAAAUUUCUUUCUUUCUUCCCAAAAAAAAAUUUCUUCCUUCCUUCCUACCUUCCCAUUAGAAAAAUAUUUCUCGCCUGCCCUUUUGGGGAUUCAUCAUCAGUCCAGUCAAGCUUUUUUGGUCAUCAAUUGGUCACCAACAAAAGAAUUUCUGGAGCCAGAGCGUCAUGAGCAGAGGAGGCAGAGGCAGCCCCAUACCGCAUUGCAUUCAAUUCGUAUCCUCUGUAGUCUGUAGAUGUGUAAAUGUAAUAAUAAGUUGGCGUCGCUCUCAUCUCCAUUAAUCAUUCUCCCCAUACCUUGGGUCCCUCCGCCCUUCUGCGUGUUUCCUUUCCCACCCUUUCCUUCUACUAAUUAUUAUUUGAUAACAGAAAGAAACACGUUCUUGCUCCUGCAAAGCGUGAGCUCAUUCCUUCAUUUCGUGCAACCGACAUAAAAGAUCAAACCUUUUCUGGUUUUUGGUUAACUGGGUCUCUCACCUACCUUUCUGGGAUUGACGGGUAGGUUUGGGUUUACUGACUUGUUCCCUUUCUGGGAUUUCGGAGAUUCCUUCUGAAGACCCUUCUAUCUGUGGACCACUGCGAGGGUUUAACUGUUUGUUUACUCGCCAAGAAGCUAACUUGGUGGGGUAGAUCCCCAUUCUGGAGAUGAAAUUGGAAGUUAAUUGAUUUUGGCUCUAUGGUCAUGUGGUUGAAUCUGAGUGAUGAAAUGGGGGAAAGAUGUAAUGAUCACCCUUUAAGUAAUUCGGAGGAGGGAAUCAACGACAGUCAAGGAGGAAGUGGUGAAGACUCCAGGCAGAUUGGUGAUGCUGUGAAGUCAAUGACUGAGGACUAUAAGCAGCUGGAAGAGCAAUUGCCAUCAGUUGCAGAUACAAAGACUGACAAAAUUCAGGAUGCAAAGUCUGAGCAACGGCUAUCAAUUCUCGCGACAUCACAUCAAGAAGGAUCUGAUGCUACUUCUUCCCCUGUAAGAGGCUUGGACCACAGCAUUAGUGCACCCGCUGUGGCUCACAGAAACCUUGUGGUUGAUGAUAAAGAUAAUAUAACCUUAUAUCGGUCCAUCACGGAGAAGCGGUCAAAGCAUGAGCUGAAGUUCGACAGAUUGUUAGACCAUGAACAGAACAAGCUUCUUAUUGAGCUUGUCCGAGUCCAAAAUGAUGGAACCGUGGAAGUAGACAUAGACAGAAAUGAUUCAGUUGCUUCAGAUUUGUUAGAGCUUCAUUCAGUUGGAAGUGCAUCCUUUUAUAUCAAUGAGGACACUUCUCUAGUGAAUAAACCAAUUCCAAAGUUGAAGAUUGCCAUACUUGUGGUUGGAACGAGAGGAGAUGUGCAACCUUUUCUUGCAAUGGCAAAGAGGCUUCAGGCAUGUUCAUUACAGGAAUUUGGUCAUCGUGUUAGGUUGGCAACUCAUGCCAAUUUUAGGAGCUUUGUGAGGGCAGCUGGUGUAGACUUCUAUCCCUUGGGUGGCGACCCUCGGGUCUUGGCAGGAUAUAUGGCUCGUAAUAAAGGUUUGAUCCCUUCCUCGCCUGGAGAAAUAUUGAUUCAGAGGAAGCAAAUGAAGGACAUCAUUGAAUCCCUUCUUCCAGCAUGUACGGAACCUGAUCCAGAGACUGGCGUGUCAUUCAAAGCCCAGGCAAUCAUUGCCAACCCUCCUGCUUAUGGACAUGUACAUGUGGCUGAAGCUCUUGGUGUGCCAAUCCAUAUUUUCUUCACAAUGCCAUGGACGCCAACAUAUGAAUUUCCUCAUCCUUUAGCUCGUGUACCUCAAAGUGCUGGUUACUGGAUUUCUUACAUUAUUGUGGAUUUACUGAUAUGGUGGGGAAUAAGAGGAUAUAUAAAUGACUUCAGGAAGAAAUUGAAGCUCUCACCUAUUGCAUAUUUCAGUAUGUACUAUGGAUCAAUAUCUCAUUUUCCAACUGGUUAUAUGUGGAGUCCCCAUCUUGUUCCAAAACCACUUGAUUGGGGACCCCAAGUGGAUGUUGUUGGAUUUUGUUUCUUGAACCUUGCGUCAAAGUAUGAACCUAGACCAGAGUUUGUCCGGUGGAUACAAAAGGGGAAAAAGCCUAUAUAUAUUGGGUUUGGAAGCAUGCCUCUUGAUGAUCCACAGAAAACUGUGGAAAUAAUACUGGAGGCAUUGAAAGUAACUGAGCAGAGAGGGAUAAUCGACAAAGGAUGGGGUGGCCUUGGGAGUCUUAUGGAACCUCCAGAUGAUAUCUUCCUGUUGGAAGACUGCCCUCAUGAUUGGUUGUUUCCUCAGUGUGCUGCAGUGGUUCAUCACGGUGGUGCUGGAACAACAGCUACAGGACUUAGAGCCGGGUGUCCAACGACCAUAGUCCCUUUCUUUGGAGAUCAGUUCUUCUGGGGAGAUAGAGUGUACAACAAGGGACUAGGACCAGCACCGAUACCCAUUUCCCAGCUCAGCGUUGAGAACCUUUCGAGUGCCAUAAGUUUCAUGCUUCAGCCAGAGGUGAAGUCUCGAGCAACAGAGCUGGCAAAACUGAUCGACAACGAAAGUGGGGUAGCUGGUGCAGUCAAUGCUUUCCACCGCCAGUUGCCUCCCGCUCUGCCUUUGGCACCAUCAGCUGCAUCUUCAGAUACCGACGAAGAGGUUCCAUAUGGCGUGCAGUGGGUGUUCGCUCAAAUCGGGAAGCUUUGCUGCCUUCCUUGUAGUCCCUAGGGUUUCUCUCGACUCCAGCAUCUGCUCUUCAUGUACAGGGUUCCUCCUCCUUUCGACUUAUACUAGCAGUCUCCACUGCAAGCUUCCCUUUUUGCUUGUGGUGUAAGCUUAGCUUUUGACAUUUCAUUCUUUAGAUUCCUGAUAUUGGUUAUAAUGGUUUACUGGUGGUAAGAGGGUUAUAUUAUAUAACCUCAUUAUAGUGUUUAUUGCUUUCCUAAUCUAAAAGAAACCUGUUUUUGAUGACAUUGAAGUUACAACUUUCUAUAGA